CUUAUCAUCGAACAAGUUAUCAUCGACGGUCAGUAUGAAGUUACCGAUUUCAACGUGGCUAGUGGCUCUCCUGAUCACCUGCGUCUGUGGUUACCAGGUUGAUCCCACUGUCCACAAUCAAACCAUUCAACUACUGCAAAGGGAUUACGAACAGAUUCAAUCCGAAUUCUUACGCUUGAGGAACGCUGGUGUAAAGACAGCUAGUUUCAUGAAAAUGUUCGACUCUUGGAAGAUUUCAACAGAUGGACGUUACAAAGAUUCAAACCGCUUACCAACAGGAAAGGAGAGCUCAUUCUGCCCGACAUGUCGCCUUCUAGUAUCACAGUUGAUGCAACUACGUAUGAAUGGAGCCACCAGAGAGGACCUCUUUAAUACGACAUACGAAGUCUGCAUUUCAUUACCGAUUCAGGAGCCUGAUGUUUGUUAUGGGGCGAUAGAUUUAAAUAUUGAUAUUUUCCUAUACAUUUUCGACCAACGUCCAACACUUGGUGCAGACAGUGUGUGUGGUGUCAUAUUCCAGUCAUUGGAAUGCGUUAUAAACGAUACGGAAUUCACUACAUGGUCAAUAAAUAUAGAUCCACAUGGGACACCUAUCACUGAAUCAAAACAUUUUCCAAAUGCACGAGGCCCAAAUGACAUAAAAAUAGUGCACGUUACCGAUUUCCACUAUGACUCAAAAUACCUGCUGGAUCACAACGCGAAUUGCAAUCGUCCGGCAUGUUGCCGAAGCGAUCAAGGAAUCCCAGAAAAUCCAGAAGAUCGGGCAGGUUUUUGGGGAGAUUAUCGGGACUGUGAUGCACCAUGGGAAUCGAUCGAAGAUACUAUCGAUCAUAUUGUCGAACAUCACUCCGAUGCAGCCUAUAUCUACCAUACCGGCGAUAUCAUCGAUCACGGAAUUUGGGAAACUUCUGUUGGUCAUAAUAUUCGCUCAAUGAAUCGUUUGCACCGAAAGUUGAUAGAGGCUUUCCCAAGUACACCAGUGUACAACAUAAUUGGCAAUCAUGAAGCCCAUCCCACUAACGUUUUUGCUCCGAGUAUUUCAACUAAUCAACAGUUCUCAGCGAAUUGGUUGUACAAUUAUUUAGCGGAUGUUUGGGGACAUUGGCUGCCAAGAUCCACACUGAACACAAUCCGCCAAGAUGGAUUCUACACUACGUUAGUGCGCCCAGGAUUCAGAAUUGUGGCCAUGAACAAUCAGGAUUGCUACAAUUAUAAUUGGUGGAUUUUGUGGAAUCCCACUUUUCUCACAAGGCAGCUCCAGUGGCUUCACGACGUUCUGCUUCUUGCAGAACAAAAUGGAGAGAAAGUUCAUUUAUUAGCUCAUAUUCCAUACAGUUCUACUGGUUCAACUUACUUCGUGUGCCAGCGUGAAUUCCGACGCAUUGUUGAACGGUUCUACGAUACUAUAAGCGCUCAGUUUAAUGGGCACACCCACCGAGAUGAGUUUAAUGUGUAUUAUUCGAGAGAAAAUCCGGAAUAUGCCAUCAAUGUAGCUUGGAAUGGUGGUAGUGCGACAGCUUUCAGCUUUAUAAAUCCUAACUAUAUUGUUUACUACGUGGAUCCUGAGACCUAUCAAGUGACCGAUUUCGAAUCCUAUAUCUUCAACCUGACAGAUGCAAACCGUUUUCCUGACCGUCGACCCGAGUGGUACCGUCUGUACUCGUUUGCCGACGAGUUCAAAAUGCACAACCUUAGUCCAGCCCAGGCAGAUGAAGUAAUCAAACGGUUUGCAACACCUGCUGGUCGGGAUGAGCUGCGACGAUACUGGGAAUUCAAAGUAAAAAUGGGAGAUCCAUCGCUGGAAUCGGGCUGCACCGAUAACUGUUUACUGAAUCAUCUUUGUGAAAUUGUUAUCACCGAGCUGGGCGAUGGCGUAAAAUGUGAAGAAUUAAGAGAAACGUUCUUCGAUUAGUUAGUGUCACGGUGUGUAUGCUAUAAAAGAAACAUGUGCUUAGUAUGUUUUUGAACUUUGCAUUUACAUGAAUACCUUCAACUUUCCUACGCUUGUAUUCAUGUCAUGCUGUCACACAACAGCACAGUCAUCGUUAUGAGAAAAUAA